GGUAUGUUCCGACGUCCGCUAUCACGUGCUAUAGACGUCCCCUCCCCCCUUUUAUCCCUUUGACUUCUAGCAAUAUGUUGUUGUUGGCUUAAGCAGUGAUUAACUUAGCCAUUAUGGCGAACCAACCUUUACUCUCUGUUAUCAACUUAAGUUGUCAUAGCAAUGUUGCAAAUGCUUUAAGGUCCAGCCUCCACCGAUGCGGCGCAUUCAUUUUUGCCAUUGAUGACGGCGUCGAAGCGCAUUUUGGCAAAUUGUCUCAGGAGGCACAUGGAUUCUUCCAACAGCCACUACACAAAAAGAUGGAAACCACUGGAUACUCGCCACAGGGUGAAGAGCGCGUUCGCGGCAACAUAAUGAAUAAACAAAGCUUGUAUAUUGGUCGACAGAGUGCGAAACAGAGGCAGGGCACAGGCCCUCCUCAAGGUCUUCAACUAGCCGUCGCGGACCUGAUGAAGCAAAUGGAACGUCCAAGACGCCAGUUACUCAGCGAGUUAUAUAAAACUCUGCAACCAGGUCAAUCGAUUACCAAAGACAGGGAUCCUGACUAUGUCUCGAUUGGUAUUCAUUAUUAUGACCCUGAGAACAUUCAUGGCGCUGGGGGUUAUUUCAGCCCUCCUCAUAAAGAUGACGGCGUACUAACCAUCUUACUCCGCACAAUGAUGGAUGAGCACGGCUCAAAGAUUGGAAAUGUGGAUGAAGACGGCUUAGAGGUUGCUGACCUGGCAAGCCUUGAAAACAUCCACGAACGGCACAGUGGCACAAUUGGGAAAAUUGCCCGGUUUGUAUCUGUACCGUCUCAUCCUCGACACGCUGUUGCCUGGAUCGGAACUGCAUUCGAGGUUGGGCAGUUUUGUGGUUGCGUGCACAAGGUGUGCGUUCCUGGAAGCCGAGACAAGAAUCACAAAAGACUAAGUGUCGCGAUGUUCUGUGGUGCUGCCCAAUCCUGACACCAUUUGAAUUCAUAGUACUAUACCUAUCAUUCUUUGAUUAUGCUGUAGCGAUAUCCGAAUUUCGGCGAAAAAAAAGUUCAAAGGUGUCGAGAUAGCUAAAUUUUCUAUUCACAGGAAAGGGUGUUGACAUUCGAUCAUUUGUUUCUAGAUCCUCAAAUGGGCCCAUAUAAAUAAAUUGAUCAUCAGGUUCUCCCUUCGCAAUCUCCAGCCGUCUUUCCGCAGCCCUCCACAAUUCCUCCAUUUGAGCUCGAA